AUGAAAUUCUUCUUAUUCAGCUUUUUACUAUCUUUCCAUAUGAUUGGACAAUCUCAAGCUUGGUUGUCGUCCACAUCACAAUCAUCAUCUUCUUGUCGCUUUCAUAUCAAUGACAAGAACCACAAGAAGAACCACAAGAAGAAUGACAAACGAUGGCAGCCCCCUGGUGCCUCAAGAAAUCAUUAUCAACAUCAUCAACAUCAACAAUAUCAACAUCAACAACAGCAACGACAAAGAAAUCCAACCUGCUUGCAGUAUUCCAAUGACGAAACAACCGACAAGGAUGCUUCCUCCUCCUCCUCUGCGGUCGAACGCCUCGUCAUUUCGGGGGUUUCCGUGUCCACCAAGGGAUUUCACGUCUUGUUUCAAACUCGCAAAGGAAUUUUGCCAUUGCCAAUCACCAAGGAUCCACAAGAUUCUUACAAGGCUUCCUCUCCAGAAGCCUUGACCAUUUUGCAGCUAUUGAGUCAAGUGGACAUGGCGGGAGCCGUUCUUCCACCCGAAACCUUGGCGCAAAUGGCAAUUGUUCAAUCCGAACAAGCCUACUACAAUUCCAAUCAUGAUGACAAUGAUGAUUGUCAUGAUGACAAUGAUGGCAAUGCGAAUGAUAAUGCUAACGUCGCCAAGUCUAAUGGAGAUCUCUUGGCGGAAUACGUCCAAACGAUUCUCCCUCAAGACUGUCCCUCCCAAUCCUACAUGGACGCUCCCUCUUGGUUUCAAUCUCGCACGGCACUUCCUCAAAUCACGUUGGAUCAAGUCUUGAUUCAAUAUGACCCCAAGACAAAAACUUGUCAAUGCCAAUUGACCUGUGCCCUGCCCAAGAAUAUCAUGUGGACUUGUGGUACUGGUACUGCUUCUGCUUCUACUACUGGUACUACUGAUACUGAUACCAAUGCUGCUUUGUCUUUGUCUCUGCUGUCUUCCUCCUCCUCUUUUGUCGUGUCGGUCACACCCAAAUUGGUCCAAUCCUUUGCCUUUCACUACAAUCCCGAGACUUCCCACAUUUUUACAUCCUUGGCAUUGGCACUCCGAUACAAGGCUCCUAUUGUUUUGCAGGUGCUGGAAGAAGAAGAAGAAGAACAACAGGGAGAAACAAUUGACAAUAACUACUGCGAAAAUGACGGUGAAAACACCAAUGACACCAAUGACAACUCUUCUUGUUGUUGUUAUUAUUAUCCUCCCGAACUCCUCGAACAGGACUUUCCUCAACGCACGUCGAUUCAAACCUUGCACCAACAGAGCACCAGGAUUUCUCACAAUAUUGAAACGAGUUUCAAGGUGCAUCAAUUAAUGGGAGCUUUUCAAAUUGCCAAGCGAUUGGGAGACGUGGUGGCCAUGGAAAAGAUUCAAGCCAAAUUGGACGAAUAUGACAAUAUGGAUGACUUGCCAGUGGUGGGGGAGGAUAGUAAUGAUGGCAAAAAGAAUGAUGACAAGAACAAUGACAAGAAUACUAAUGUUGACACCAAAAACUUGUCCUCCUCCAGAAAGUUCUUGGUGCGGGAGGAGCGUGGCAUUGCGGAGGAUUCCUCCUUCUCUGAUGACUCGAAUGAUGCCUUUCAAUGA